GGGAGGUGUAGGUCUGAGGGGGAGGGGCUCGCGGGUCAGGGGGUCCAGAACCCCGGAGAGAGAACCUGCACCGGAGGUGUUCAGGAUCCCAGAGGGUGGCGUAGGUGGAUGGGGUCCGAGUGGAGAGGCGGGGAUCAGAAGUGCUGGGGAAGAGGUGGGGGCCUGAGAAGGGGUGAAGGUCGGAGGGCGCUGUGUGUGGCUGUCGGGCCUUGCGCGGGAGUUCGGGAUCGGCCAUGCGCGCCUGAGAGAAGUUUGUAAAUGGGGUCAGUUGAAAUGCUGCAGCGCAGGGGAGCUGGGAAUCUCGAACAGGCCCUCCCUCCUGGGUGUGUGCCAAGGCACCAGAAAGGUGCUUGGGUGUGUUUCGCUUCAGUGUUUCGGUGGAUGGGAUAGGUCUGGCACCAGAGCGACCUUAGCCGCCCAGCUGGAGGGUUUGGGUGGGAGGGGCCCUGUUGGGGCCACUGGAGGCGGAAUUUCUGUUUUUGGCCAUGCACCUGAGGUGCCUGCAGGAUAUGCUCAGUUUUGACUUGGCUGGGCGUUCUGUCAGGAGUGUGACCCAGGAGACCCUAACAGCUGAUGCAGAUAGCAGUUCUGUCCAGCUGGCCUUGCCAGGCUAGGCUAGGCUGUGGAGAGGGAGGGCUGACUAGUCCAUUUCUGAACUACAGUGAGUCACCCACUCCAGGGCCUUGAGUCAGUGCUCCUUCUCUCUCUGAGUAGGGAAUGUAUGUCAGAAGAAAUUGAAGAAACAAGGAAGCAGCCUUAGGUUUUAGGGACUUUGAGGUAUGCAGGAGUAAAGAGCUGGGGGAUACAGAGCUGUUGCUCAUAUCAGGUCUCCAGUAAUUGUAAGUUUAUCCUGUCUAAUGAUGACAUCCUUUUUUUUUCCUUUAGUGCUGGAGUUUUUUAACCUGGGGCCUUGAGCAUGCUAGGCAAGUGCUCUACUACCUCCCCAGCCUUAAAAACAUUUUUUUGAGACAGGGUCUUGCUAAGUUGUGCAGGCUGGCCUUGAAUUUGAAAUUCUGCUUCAGCCUCCCCCCUGAGUAGCAGGACUACAGGCAUGUGCCACUGUGACUGUUGAAAGCUGACUUUUUAUGGGACCUGUUUUUAAAGCAUUUUACAUUUAGAGUAAGCAGACUUUGUGAUUCAGACAUUUGACCUACCCCAUGCAGUAGGUGCUCUGGCAUGUGGUUGAAUGUGUGCUUCUUUACUAGUGCCUUUAGUGCCCUGAGUCGCACUGUUCCUUGACCUGGGCAACUGAUAGCAGCAGACUGAAUGCCCAUCAGCUUGUGUUUCACUGGUGUCUGUGCCAAGCAAAGCCACUGCUCUCUGCUUAGGCAUGAACCCAAAAGUAUGUGCUCUGUUAUAAGAGGCUUCCUCUGAGUAAGAGUGGGCCUUGUGACAUCUACUGUGGCUUCAACAGAUGCUUUUUUGCUCCUUUUUGGCUUUUUUCUGAGCUGUCUGCAGUGAAGUUCAGGGAAAGCCGAUUCUGAAUGGAUGCUUUUACCCCAUCUCUUACAGCAUUCUUUCCUAGCAGAGUUUUUCACCCUGUUUAUUCAAGGCAGGAUUAUUUUGUCUCUCUACACUCUGUGUGUGGGGGGGGCUUUUUUUUUUUUUUUUGCAAGAGAAGUUUGUAUUAAUGGUGUUUGGUGACAGUCUUAUCUUUGAGCAGUAAUUUUUUGUAACAGUUUUAAUGAAAUAUAAUUUGCAUGCCAUACCCUCACCCAUUCAGAGUGUAUAAGUCAGUGGUUUUCAUUCUAUUCUGAGAGUUGUGUGGCCCUCAUCGCUAUGCACUUUGGAACUGUGUCAUUAAUUCAGCAAUCCUAGACUGGCUGCUCCUGUUGUCCCAGCUACUCAGGAGGAUGCAGGAUUGCUUGAGCCCAGCAGUUGGAGGCCAACCUGUGCAACAUAGCCAGAGCCGUUCUUUAUGUUUUUCAAAAGAAACCCUGUACCCCAGCCAUGUUUCCCAGUCUCCCCUUCCUCUAGCCUGGGGCAACCAUUAUUGUACUUUUUGUCUCUGUAGGUUUGCCAACUCUAGAUGUUUCAUAUAAAUGGAAUCAUAUUACUGUAUGUGGUCUUUUGUGUCUGGCUUCAUUCACAUUGUAGCAUGUAUUAUAACUUCAUUCCUUUUUGUGGAGGAAUGCUAUUCCACUUGGUAACUAUAUCACAUUUUAUACAUCUGUUUGUCUGUUGAUGGAUUUUGGAUUGUUUCCACUUCUUGGCUAUUAUGAAUAAUGAUGUUGUGAAUAUUCAUGUACAAGUCUUUAUAUGAACUUGUGCAUUGAUUUCUUUUGAGUGUAUACUUAGAAGAAGAAUCUCUAUGUCAUAUGGUAGCUGUUUAACCUUUCCAAGAACUGCCUGUUUUCCAUUUCCACCAGGACUGAAGGAGGGUUUCUAAUUCUCUUAUUACUAUUUUUUUUUGAUGCAAUGUUGGGGAUUAAACCCAUCCCAUGAGGGCCUCACAUAGCUAAGCGUCUUCUGUACCGCUGAACUACAUCCCCAACCUCCCCCUGGGGCCCUGCCCCACUUUUUUUUUUUUUUUAAUAAGAUAGGAAUCUCUUUGUCUUGUCCAGGCCAGUAUUGAACUCCAAACUCACAUGAGCCUCCUGCCUGAGCAUUUGGAAUGCUGGACCUAGUGGGCUACUGUGCCCAGCUCCUUUAUCUGUUAUUAAAUGGGGGUGUGUAUCUUUUCUUAUUAUGGAAUUAAAAGAAUUCUUUAUAUAUUCUAGAUAUAUAGUUUGAAAAUAGAUUUCUCUCAGUGAGUCAGUCAUCUUUUCACUUAUGUCUUAAGCAGAGUUUUAACUUUUGUCCAGUCUGUUUUGUUUUUCUAUAUAAUUUUGGUGUUACUUCUAAGAAACUGUUGUCAAAUUUAUGGUCUCAAAAAAUUAAACCGAUUUAAGACAUGCAUUUAUUUACUUACUUAUUUAUUUGUGCUGGGGAUUGUACCCAGCGCUUUGCACAUGCUGGGUAAAGGCUGCACCACUGAACUACAUCCCCAGGCCUAAAUUAACUUUUGUGCAUGGUAUGAGGUGGGGGUCCAGAGUCUUUCACUUUGGAUUAGAAGUUCAUUUUCCAGUCAGUUGUUUUUUUGAGCUUUGAAACUUAACAUGCUGAUAGGAUAAUAAAUGAGUGUAGGUUUCAGCCCAUCACUGGCUGCCCUUGGGGAGAUUCUUUUUGUUAGUACACAUUUGCAGUGAUGACAUUCAACACAGGGAUUUAGUACGUGUGCAUAACAUAUCUUAAUUCUUUUUUUAACUUGCUCUUUGGGUAGAUUUUUGAAGAUGCACCAUGACUAUACUUACAAUGUAGUAGCCAGAAUGUACUAAGCAAUCCACAGGGACUGCAGAAAGAGAAAGAGCAAUAGCUGGGUCAGGACCUAGGUAGGAAAGUGAAGGCCAGUCAGGACCACACUCUCUUUCCUGGGUGGAGAUCUAAGCGCUGGUUCAGGUUACUCUGCUAGGACGUUUCAUUUUCCCCACAGUGUGUUCCAUGGAGCAGUGUGGUGCCCAUUGAGGCUGAUGUGUGCUCUUGGGGACUAGGUUGUGUGUUGGUGGACUGGCCAGCAUGGGAGCUGAAUUCCUGUUCCCUGUUCAGGAACUGUGUGGUCACUGGGAGUGCAGUCUGCUUCCUGUGGGCUCCAUCUCUGCACACGUCUCUCAUGUGGCUCAUGUGACAGACAGUACCUAUAACACUGGCCUUUCCUCCCAGGCUCAUCACGGAUCCCUUCAGAGAAUGUUUCCCUUAAAUCACUUAUAAAAACUAACAAUAAUAGAACUGUAUUGUUCUUAGCAGCAUUGUGAAUUAGAAUAAAGAAUGGAAAGGUACCAGGAUUAUAGCAGACAGGAAAUGCAACUAAGGCAGUCAUUUCUGUUUCCAUUAAGUAAUGCUGUGUAGUUGUCUUUUGAAACAUGUCACUUUUAAUUUUUUUUAAAUUUUUAUUAGUAUACAUUUGCAAUACACAGUGAUGACAUUCUUCAUGGGCAGUUGGUGCAUGUGGGUAACAUCUAAAUUCUUUUUAUGCGCCCCCCCAAUCUUUAUUAAGUUCCUAUGUUGAGCUUUUUAAUUAGUAAGAUGAAGAUCUUCCUAAAACCUUUUUAUGCUGGGGAGGAUUCCUGAGGUACUCUACAAAGCUCUGGAAAGAUAGAUUUUCCCAGAGGGCCUGGCAGCAGAUGUCUGUUUUCACCCUUAAUCUUUUUAUAGACAGAAGCAUUCCAAAUGUCUGGACACUCGGUGUUGGCUUAUUGUGUUUUAAGUAGAGUUUUGCAAGCAGCGAUUCAUCACUUGGGAAGAAAGUGUUGUGUAUUGUGAACUUUUUAAUGUUCUUUCCCCGGGGUCCUAAGGGUAAAACCACUUUACUGAAAAGGAGUGGGAAGUUGGAGGGAGAAGCACCAACAGUUUUCUGAAAAAAUUUUCAUUGUUGAAAAACAAAAGUCAGGGGCUAGGAAUGUAACUCAGUGGUCGAGUGUUUUCUUAGCAAGUACAAGGCCCUGGGUUUUAGGCUGAGCACUAAAAAAAGUUCAAUUAAAAACCGAAGCCAAGCUGGUUGUGGUGGUACAUGUCUGUAAUCCCAGCAUUACAGAGGCUGGGGGUCACUGUGAGUUCAAGGCCAGCCUGGACUACAUAGCAAGACCCUGUCUCAAAAAAACCAACCAAACAAACAAACAAACUGAAGUCAAAGUUUUAGUGUUGCAUCUGUCUUAGAAAAGGAAAUUGCAGAAAGCUCGGAAACUAGGGGUAGGAGGCCUUUCUCAGGGGAGUCCUUCACCUCUUUCCCUUGUGUUCUGCAUGUGGCAGGAACCACUAGGCCUGAUGGUAUAAAGCCAGGUGGAAGGUCUCCCCUCCCAGCUUGUGAUGCUGGUCUGCAGAAAGAUGAUCUGAUAGGCGUAACUCUUUUCCCUGAUGAAACUGAAAGAGGCAGGCAGCUGACUAUUUCAUCUUCGACUUGGGGUGAAUGGAAGUUUUGCUGGCCCCACAGUGGCUCUUGUCCUUUCCAGUGACUAAACCUGUGGUUCCUGGAUUUCUGCCUCUAGGCAGCUGCCCUGUGGAGGACAGUGUGUUGCUCAGGGCAGGAAGCGGCCAUGCACACAGUGUAAUUUUUCAUCUGUGAAUGGAUGAUUGGGAUCAGACUGUCUGGUCAUGCCUCUCAGUGCUAAGGCUUGUUUAUCUGCUCUUUAAAAUCUGCCAAAGGCAAAUCACAGCCGGGAAAUUCUUUUUAGGGGGCUGGUGGGGCUCAAUACAGUGGCUUCAUGUAUGUUUAUUUAUUUUUAUUAAGUUUAUUGGUAUAGUUUAGAUACACAUGAUGAUCACAUUCAUCAUAGGGACUUUGUACAUGAACAUAGCGUACCUUGAUUCAUUUUUUUCCACAUUCCCCUUGCUUCCCUUCAGCCCCUAUACCCCUCCUUAGCUAUUAGUCCUUUGAUAAGAAACAAUUGGCUAUUUUUUUCCUCACUCUGUGAGUUGUCUCUUUAUUCUGUUGAUCAUUUCUUUUGGUGUGCAAAAGCUUUUUAGUAAGAUGAGAUCCCAGUUGUUGAAUCUUUAUAAUAUUUUCCAUGUGAUUACGUUUUUUUGUUUGUUUUGUUUUAUUUAUUUAUUUAUUUUCUUUGAUUUAGGGCCUUACUGUGUAGUUCACACUGGCCUUAAACUUAUUAUGUAGACCAGGUGGGCCCCUAACUCGUGGUGAUCCUCCUUCCUCAGCCUCCCCAGUGCUAGGAUUACAGGCAUGUGCCUCCACGCAGAGUAAUAGGUUUUGUUGAUAGAGUCUUUUCCUACCCUUGUGUCUUCAAUAGUUCUACCUGUUCUUUCUUCCAGCAGAUUUAGUGUUUCUGUUUUAAUAUUGAGGUCUUUGAUCCAUUUUGAUUUUAACAUCUGGGAAGUUCUUGUCAUGCUUGGGCAUCUAGAGGAGGUUCAAGGUGGUCUCCUUUGAGGGGCAUUGUAUAGGUCCUGCCCACCUGGUGGCAGAUGGGUCUUCACCUAGAGGAGGAGGCAGGAGUUCCAUGUAGAGCUUGAGAGCAGUGCACCAUCAUCCUUCUCACUGCCAUCCGGGAUGUGGCCGUUAGGCCUAGGAGACCUAGAAUGGAAGCUUGGAAGGAGGUUCUCAGGCUGGGAAGGCCUUUUGUCCAAGAAACACAAGCUGCAAGAGCUGUUGUAGUGCUGGAGGAGGGAGGGUUGGAAUUCUUAGUUCAGACUGGAGCACAGCUUUUGUUAGUCUAAUUAAAAAUUAUUUUAAUUGGUACAUCUCUCAGUUACUUUGUAACCUCAAUGAAAUUUUAUGAUUAUUUUCAUUCUCUCUGGAAAAUGCAUCCAUUCUUAAUAAUUGUUUAAAAGCCCUUGAAGGUUUGAAGUUACAAACAGCAUCUUACUGGUAUCUGCAGAUGUGUCAUUGUUCUCUAUAACAACAAACCUUACAGAACCAACUUAAAGUGCUAUGGAUAAAGGUGACUGCUUUCUAAGCCUCCUAACAUAGGAGGAGUUGCAUCUUCUAUGCUGUGCAUUUGCCCCAAAACAUGACAAGGCAGCCCUCUACUAAAUGAUUUGAAACAUUUAUUAAAUCAUUAAAGUACUUGAAAUCAAAGGGUGAUGUUUUUAAAAGAUUUACAACAAGCUGAGCUCUUAAUUCUCAGUUGUUUUUGUCCCUACAGCUGUCAUUUAGGUUUAGUGAUGAUGGAAGGGCAUUUGGUCAUGUGGCUCCUGCCAUGUGUUGCGCUGGCAUCGUGGUAACCCAGAGCCUCAUGCAAUCACAGGGUUUGUUUUGGAAGUGACUGUAUCUAGAGUGGGUGAUGCUGGGUUUAAGGCUGUGUGAUACUGGUUGGUUUGACAGCACCCUAAUCCUAGCAGCCUAGAGUGUAAAAUGGUCAGAAAGAUGCUAUUAAGGCUGCUUGCUUGCUUUUGCUAUCUUCUGCUGCUCUGAACUUUUGCCCCUGUGCCAUGUACAACCCUGUCUCGGAACCAGCUAUGGACUGAAACCUCUACAAUGUGUGAGCUUUCUUCCUUUAACUUUGGGUGUCAGGUAUUUUAUCUCAGCAACAAGAAAAAUAACAAGAUUGGCCACCUGCCGAGCCUCACUGAUGUGCUGAACACUGCCCAAGUGGCCAGACCCAGCAUCUACCAGUCAGCUGUUGGCCAUGAAUAUCAGUUGAAACUUGCUAAGCACUGCUCUCAAGUCGACUCGGUCCGGGGUUUUGGAGGCAAGUUUGGUGUCCAGAUGGAUAGAGUUGACCAGACUAUUCCAAAGGAUUCAGCGGCAAGUACAGGAUGCAGAAAGAUCGGAUGGAUAAAGUAAGGCUGUCCAGCUCCAGGUGUGGAACUUUCUGCCUGCAGGCCCAGGGAUUCCUGCAGCCCCCACUCUGUGUCAGUUGCUGUUUGUAGCUACCAUCAGAGUGCGUCGACCUUUGAAGGUGUGGCACAGGUAUCGUCUGCCUACCAGAGGACUGUCCCUGUUCAAGCUGGAGCAAGCCAGAGCCAAAAAGGAAACACCCCUUGAGUCCCCCACUCCUCAUUCAGCUGAGGAGAGGCAGCCUUCCAGCCCCAUCUAUGAGUCAGACUGCCAGCUGAGGAGUGGGUCACUGUCUCCCUACAGCCCUGGGAUGCAGCCUCCUUGAACGCAGAGAUCCUGCAAGUGAAAGUGAGCCCUAGCAUGUGUACAGUGCAGAGGCCACAAACUACCUUCCCACAGGCCAGCAGUUAGCAGAGCCUGGGCUAUGAUCUGGAAGCCAUCUAGGACACCACCAAACCCUCUGGCCACUAUCAAGCAGAAGAGAACACCUAUGACGAGUAUGAGAACGACCUGGGCAUCACAGCCAUCGCACUUUAGGACUACCAGGCUGCGCGUGGUGACGAAAUCUCCUUUGACCCUGAUGACAUCAUCAGCAACAUAGAAAUGAUGCAUGAGGAAGGCUGGCAGCACAGCGUGUGCAAGCGCCUGUACGGGCUCUUCCCGGCCAACUAUGUGGAGAUGUGGCAGUAGGCGGCCCGCCUGCCCUGCGGGCCUGUACAGAAUCACACUUCAGAUCAUGCCUUUGCUGGUUUGGGGUUUUGGGUUUGUAUUUUUUGUUCUGUUUUCUGAGGGUGAGGAGGGAAAUAUACAUAUUGAUUUUAUAUUUAAUACUUCUACUGAUGCUUUUGAAAAUGUUGAUGCCACAGAAUGUGCUAAUAAAUUGUAAUCAUGUUCCCUAGGAGGACUUUGGUGAUUGUUUUUGAACUUUUUUUUUUUUUUUUUUUUUUUUUUUUGCCAAAUUGCCUUGUCAUGUGUAGCCACUUCAGGUACCUGUGGCUCUCCUGAGGUCAGCAGUGCAUGUUGUCUGUAUGUUUGUCAUGACUGUUGGGUCUCCCAGGACUGAUGUCCAUGUCUGCAGCUCUGGGAGUGGCUGACUACAUAAGCUCUGUGGGGCAGCAGUGUUUGGAAGUGGAGGGAAGACCCGGGUCAAGAGUAAGACUGGUGGGAACCCCUGGAGGGGUGCUGGCUCCCCUGUCAGGUGGGACACCCCCACAUCUCAUCCCAUGUGACCCAAGGUUGUGCGAGGCUUUCUCCUGUGCCCCUGUCUUAUCCCUAUCUCCAUGGCUCUCCUGACCCCUGACUCCUGCCCUGCUAGGUGUCACCACGUCCUUCCACUGUUCCCUCACUGCUUGUCUUACACACUGGCCCACAGUGAAGGGCCCUGGGCUUAGAGGUGAGCUUAAAGCUAGUGUUGGGCCUGGGUGCCACCCAGGGCUGCUCCCAUGGCUGUCUGCUCAUGCAGGGGGGGUGACAUGUGUGGCUGGAUGGCCCCCAGUUGGGGGAGACAGGUACCUUGCUGUGGACUGCCAGAAGGACGCCCUCAUCAGGGGGUUGUGCAUUUUGCCAAAAUCUCGUGUUUAGUUAUUAAAAUGUGAUUGAGUUGGCUAAAAUACGACUGGGAACAAGCAAGUGUUCCUUCCCGUUGUGCCACGGUGGUCUCUUUAAGCCACUCUGUCCAUACUGCCUGCUACUUGCAGGGGGAAUACCUGUCCUUCCUGAGACACCAGGGCCAGUCUUGUUGGUGCACAUGAUUGGGGGACAGAUCCACGGAAAUGUUAUGACUGUUGGGGACACUUGGCGGUUCUGAUGUGCAUGUUUUCUCUCUGGAAGUGAUUUCUGCAGUCUUGCUUUUCCCACUAUUAGGUUGGGUUUUACAUACAACUUAACUGUAUCUGGAUUUCUGUAGUAUACCUCAUACGUAUGAUUUUUUAAAAAUCAAAUAUUCCGAAUAAACCUUUUUUUUUCUUUUUUUUAACUGAUUUGCUGUGUGAUUUGCUUUGAUACUUGGUCACUUUGUUCUGCAGUUGAAAGUGCCUUUGUGGGUGUCAGUGUCCUGCAUUCCGUGAGAGACCUGGCCUGGACCACCCUCCAGCCAAUGUGCCAUCCUGCUGCUUCUCAGGUGAAGCAAAGUCCCCUUCUCAAGGGCACGUUUUAUCACCUGAAAUGCAUCCUCAAAUCUUUAUUUGAAGGAAGUCUCCAAUCAGAACAGAAAAUGCCAUAUUUAACAAUCACUUCUGAGCUGCAGCUCUCAAAAUGAAUCCUUCAGUGGUUGCCGUGUAGUCAGAGGCAUUAGUUUCCUUCAGCUCACACACCUCAGGGCCUGAAGGAAGUGCUGAGCCUGGGCAGAGGAGCUGGUGUCUGCAGCAAGGGCCUGGCUCCUGGACCUGCCCUGGGCUCUGGCCAGUCUGCUUUAAAAGGAACAAUCAUGGAUGAGGGACUAGCCACCUCUUUGGAAACCCCCAGGGCAGUGGCAAGGGAGCUGGUGCUCCCUCCAAGGUGGACAGGCAGACCUUCCUUCCUGGGCAGCUCCCAGACCCAGUGCCAGCACAAGAGGGCUUUGAACCUUUGGGAAAAGGCACUCUGUUAUACCUGGAAGCAAGGGAAGCACAAUGCAAAUCAUAGCUGUGCAACGCUUUUAUGUUCGUGUUGUUUGCAGGAGCUGAGAGUAGCUUACUGCAGCCAUAGUCCUGGUGUAGGGACAGGCCCAGAACCCUGAGCUUUGGGCACUGUCCUUGCUGUCUGGUGAGGUCCCUUGACUCUUCCUGCCAGCAGGAGCCAGGAGCAGGGCUUGAAAACCUGGUUCCACUCAUACCCUGCCUGCUGGGCCCUCCUGUGGAAGCCCAGCUGAAAAGCCCCUCCAGCCUCUGAGCUGGCAGCAGCAUCCCCAGUGCCCUGCCUUGCCUCCACCUUGAUAGCAGAACUUUGUCAGUGUUGCUUGUGUGAUACAAUCCUGAGAGUCCAUCUCUCCUCCCACAAAAAAUUUGGUGCAUCAAGGGGUCCCCAGUGUGGAGAUUCUCAUGUAUGACUAUAGUUUGGGGGUGGGAGAAGGGAACUGUCUACCAGUGAAGCUGCUGCUACCUGUUGGAGAGGGUGGGCAGAUCUUGAACUCGGGUGUGACAUGAUAGGGGAUAUAUGGUAACAGUGUUUCCAUUGCCCACUGUUUACCCAUUUGCUCUGUGACCAUAGAUGUGGCAGGGGCCUUGCAGACCCCGGACACAAAGUGGACAGGUCCCUUUCCAUUUUGCUGAGUCAUACAUCUGUAAUUCUUAAGUUUGAUCUCAAGGACCCCUUUAGUCUGAGGAACAACUCGGGACUGGGUUUCUGGGCCCCUUUGUGCUCUCAGCCACUGGAAGCUGGAGGUCAGAGGUUAGCAGGCUUUUCUCUGUUGAGGCCCAGCCAUGAGGAGUGAUUUCAUGGUAUGGAGGCAGCAAGGGUCUCUGGGAAGCACUGCAGUUUCUGAUGGCCACUUUGGGCAGCUCUGAAGUGCACACAGAGAAGGAAAACUGAGAGCAGGUGAAACUUCUUGUCUUGUGUGUGGAAGAUACUUUUGCUGGUCCUUGUUCAACCAAAGAUGUCCAGAAAGGGACUGUAUGGGAAGUUAACGGAGCAUGUCCCGGGUGCUGUCCCUGCAUGUGGAAUGACUGGUGAGGGAGGGCUCUGGUGGGGAACAGCUGGUUCCACCUUCAUUAUUACCUCCAGCUACAGAUUGUGUAACCAAGAAGAGAACACAGGUGCCCCAGAGCUGUGCCCUGUGCUCUUGCACCCUGCAGACGCUGGUAGAGUGGGCAGGUGCUUUGCCUCCUACACUGGCUUGCAGAUAUUCAGCUUCUUUAUCUGAGGAGGAUUAAAAACAGCCACCUCAACUAGCUGAAGUGGCACACUCUUGAAGCUGAGACAGGAGAAUUGCUGAAAGUUUGAGGCCAGCCUGAACUAGAUAAUGAGUCCUCGUCUUCCAAAAACCAAAAGACAAGACAGCUCUCUCUCUCUAGUCAGGUGCUUGCUAGAAGCAUUUCACAUGCUCAAGUGCCAGGACACACCUUCCCAGCUGGAUGGGCCAGGCACAGUGUCACAUGCCUUUGGUCUCAGCACUUUGAGGCUUGCCUGAGCCCAGACAAUCCAGGCCAGUCUAGGCAACAUAACAAGACCCAGCUCAAAGCAACAACUGCAUGGAAUGAUUUGAGCAUGUAUUGCAAUGUGAUACAGUGAUACAUUGAGUAACUGGCUUUUCUGGAGACACCAAGAUGCCUUCAGGUCCUUGCUUCCAUCCGGUGUUGUGAAUUCUGUUUUUUCUUCUUUCUUCUGACAUUUUCUGCCACGGAAACAGACCCCUUGCUUUUGAUUAUGAUUGUGAAGGUGAUGCCAUGUAAGGAAUAUAGUCAUUCAAGUACAGUAAACACAGGCUGCGUGGUGAGGUUGUUUUUCCCCCAACAUUAUCAUUGUUACAAUAGUGCUUAUUCAAUGAACAUUUAAAAAUUCCAUGAGCCAGAUAGCUCAGUUGUCAUUUCUGCUCUGUAAGAUUUCCCAUAAACAAGCCAUCUAGAUUUAAUGUGGUUAAUUUCUCUGUUAAUGAAACUUCCUCCUAGUAAAUAAGGAAAUCCCACCUCUCAGGUGCACUGUGAGACUCAGUAGGCCCAGGGUGCUUUUCCAGGCAGAACAGUGACUUCCCACAGAAGCCCACCUUGUCAUCCCCGGGAUUUGUGAGAAUGUCCUGUCUGGCACGGGAGAAUUCGGUUGCAGAUGGAAGCAGGAAGAGGGCGCGGAGGAAUCAGUGGUUAAGGGGGCAGAGCUUCAGUGUGGGAAGAUGAGGACAUUCUGGAGGUGGACGUGGGGACAGCUGGUCAGUAGUGUGAGCAUACCUAAUGCCCCCGACCUGUGCACCUGAACAUGGUUCAGAUGGGAAGUUUUGUGUGUGUUUUACCAUAACGAAAAUAUAUCUUGUUGUCUGUUUGCUUUUUGAGACAGGGUCUUUUUCAUAGCUCAGGCUGGCCUUGAACUUCUAUGUAGCUAUCCCAGGCUGACCUUCACCUUGCAGCAAUCCUCCUGCCUCAGCUAGAAUUAUAGAUGUAUGCUGCCACACCCUGCUCAAAACAAACUUGUCCAACAGAGAUUAGAAAUUUCUGAGUCGACCCAGCAUAAUCCAAAGGGGUCUUCAAGAGGCAAAGGGAGGGGCCUGGGGAUUUAGCUCAGUGGCAUAAGCACCUGCCUUGCAAGCAGGCAGUCAUGAGUUCGAUCCCCAGUACCGAUAAAAAUGAAAAAGAAGCAAAGGGAGGCUAAGAGCUCAGAGUCACCGUGGUGGGGUGGGAGAGGACCUUGACUGUUACUGCCAGCUCUGAAGUUGAGGAAAGUGGACAGAAUCCACAAGUCCCUCCAGAAACUGGAGGCAGGAGGAAGUGGAUUUUCCACUGGACCUGCAGAAAGGAAGGCAGCCUGGCCAUACCGUGUCUUUAGCUCAGGAAGACCCUUGCCAGAUCCAGACCUACAAAACUGAAGGGACACUGUUUCUUUAGGUUAUCAAGCUUGUGGUGUCACCAGAGUCUCCACAGACCAUCCAGUCUUCAUUACUUGGUGGUUGGCAUGGUCUGUGUCUGACCACAGAGUCCCUUUCUCCACUAGGUGACUGCUGGGUGCCCAGAAGGUGCUUUGCUUGAUAAAUGAUGCAAACCUGAUGGCAUGAAGAAUCAAGGGACCCACGUUUGGUGAUUUCUCCAUGUGAUGUUUCCUCCCACUUUUCUGUGGUGCAGGAUACAGAACCAGGACCCUCACACACGCUCUAGUCAGGCACCCUGACACUGAGACACACUCCCAGACUCCUCUCCUCAAGUUUUAAUUGGCAGGAUCAAAAUUUGUCUAUAUUUAUGAUUGGUAACAUGCUACUUGUUUUUGUUCCUUGGAUUUUUGAGACACUUUUGCUCUGUAGUUCAGGCUGUCCUUGAACCCACAGCAUUCUUGCUUCAGCCUCCCACGAGCUGGGAACAGUGGUGUGUGCCACGUCGCCCAGUCUGUCACAUAUUUUGAUAUGUGUACACACUGCAGAACAGCUAAACUGAGCUAAUUCACGUGUGUUAUCGCUUGGGGUUAUUUUUUCUUCGUGAUGACAACUCUUAAGUCAACUGAACCCUUUUUGCUUUUCAAGAAUGGUUUUUGUUUUAUAUUGCAAUGUUUAAAAAGACUGCGAGCAAGAUAAGGAGCGGGAGACUGAGGCAGGACGGUUGGAGCUGGCCAGGGGCCACCCGCCAAAUGUCACCUGGGGGUGGGCGUGGGCGGGGUCAAAGCUUCAGCGCUUGGCUGGCGGUUGGUCCUGCGCUGGCGGUUGGUCCUGCUCGCGGCUAGCAGGACCCCCUAGGUCUCGAGGGACGGAUUCUAAACCACUGUACAUUGCCCAGGAGACCCCAGUGAUGGCACUGUGGACUCGCCUGUAUGGCCGCAUCCUGGAAAGCUCUAGGGUAAGUGGGGCCAGAACUUGUACAGCACCCGGUGAGGUGCUAGAAAUCAUCGUGGUCAGGUGUGCGGUCGCGGGGAUCUCUUGCUGGAGGGUCGCACCUGCCUGGGGUACUACCUGGAAGUCUUCAGCGAUCCCUGUCGCCCUCAUUAGGCCCGUCUGUCUAUGUGACACACUUAAUAGCCUCUCAUAAUCGUACCUCUCACCUUUCCUUCCUAACCGUUCUCCACUGUACUGACCUGCUGUAUUUCCAUUGUGAAGCCUUCUUUUUUUUUUUUAGCUGUAAACUUAAGUUACGUUGACUGAACAGCCACUGCAGUCCUUGAAAAACAUCUCUCUUGAGCCAUAGCGAAUCCAAUUCCUUUCUGUGUUCACUAAAUUCAGCCCAAGAAUUCAGGCAGGCCUUCCCAGGAGCUGACUGCACACAGUCAAUAAGAUGUAAGAUGUAAGAUGCCUGUUGGAUUUUGUACUUGUCAGUUUUCCUGGCUGUAUACUGCUUCUGUGCUUUUCCUGAAAAAGGAUUAAGUGGAAUGGGCCCCUACCAGGAAAUAGAAAAAACUAGGUAACAGAAGCGCACUUGUUUUCAAAACUAAAAAGUUUGCUUUUGCAAACAAAACCUCACAUGGUUUGCUCUAUUCUUUAUAGGAGAAAUAAGUAGCUCUCUUUGGGCCUUACAUCUUCCCAGCGUUGUUGUCUUCUUUAGUGUCUUCAUGUGGUGGCUUUCUGCAUUUAAUGGGUGCCUGGGUGUAUCUUCACAGAGUAUUUGCAUCCAAAGAAUAACAGAUCUGUGAAUAAAGAGAUUGUCAGCUUUCCUUUAUUAGCUACAGAUACUCAUAAAGUUGUAGAUUUGUGGGAACCUGUAUUUUCCGUAUAAUGACUAGUCCUGUGUUUUUGUUCCAAAAUGAUGUGUGAGGUGAUGCCCACCAUCAGUGAAGAAGGCCCUUCAGGAGGAAGUGAAAGCCAUGGAUCUGGCUGCCCUUCACAACCAGAUGCAGAUUCCCAUCAGUCCAUGCUAGAAGAAACACACCUUGCUCAGAGCACAUUGAUAGAGACUCAAGAAACAUUGGCGUUGACCCAGGGGAAAUUACUCGAGGUUGGUCAUGAGAGAGAUUCAUUGCAGAGACAACUCAAUACUGCGCUUCCACAGGAGUUUUCAACGCUUGCAAAAGAGCUCAACAUUUGCAGGGAACAGCUGCUUGAGAGGGAAAAAGAAAUUGCCGAACUGAAAGCAGAAAGGAACAACACGAGGCUGCUCCUGGAACAUCUGGAGUUCCUUGUCUCCAGGCAUGAACGCUCUCUUGAGACGACUGUGAUGAAGCGGCAGGCGCGGUGUCCUGCAGGUGUGUCCACUGAGAUGGAAGUGCUAAAAGCACUGACAUCCUUAUUUGAGCACCACAAGACCCUGGACGAAAAGGUGCGAGACCAAUUACGUGUAGCACUGGAAAGGUGCAGCUUGUUAGAAGAGGAACUGGGCGCCACACACAAGGAGCUAAUGACUCUUAAAAAACAGAAUAAUCAGAAAAAAUCACCAAGAGAUGGAGUGCUUGACAUAAACCACGAACAAGAAGAAACACCAAGCACUAAUGGAAAGUUGCUAGCUUGCAGAGAAGAACGAGAUGACAAGACAACGAUAAAAUGUGAAACUUCCCCUCUCUCCUCUCCGAAGUCCCUUCGGCUAGACAGGCUGCACACAGGGGCGUUGCAAAUAGUCAGCCACGAGGACAUCAGGGACGUGCAAAAAUCAAAAAGUGCCCAGGAUGGUCCUGUGAGCAAUCCCAGUAGCAGUGACAGCAGGCAGGACUCGCCCCACAAAGCCCCAAAGAAGAAGGACAUCAAGUCCUCCAUUGGUCGUUUGUUUGGCAAACAGGAAAAGGGUCGGCCUGGACAAACUGGCAAAGAAUCACCAGGACAAGAAACCUCAUCUCAGGAUGCGUUCCGACUUAGCAAAUUGGGAGGAAAGGCUGAAAAAAAUCGAAAAUUUCAAAAAAACUCAACAGGCUCCCAGGAUGGUCCUGUGAGCAUUCCCAGCAGCAGUGACAGCAGGGAGGACCCACUCCACAAAGCUCUAAAGAAGAAGAGCAUCAAGUCCUCCACUGGUCGUUUGUUUGGCAAAAAGGAAAAGGGUCGGCCUGGACAAACUGGCAAAGAAUCACCAAGACAAGCUGUUGUUUCUGAAGCCAAAAACUCAUCUCAGGAUGCCUUCCAACCUAGCAAAUUGGGAGGAAAGGAUGAAAAAAAUCGUCAACUUCAAAAACACUCAACAGGCUCCCAGGAAGUUCCUGUGAACAAUCCCAGUAGCAGUGACAGCAGGCAGGACGCGCUCCACAAAGCCCCAAAGAAGAAGAGGAUCUAGUCCUCCACUGGUCGUUUGUUUGGCAAAAAGGAAAAGGGUCCGCCUGGACAAACUGGCAAAGAAUCACCAAGACAAGCUGUUGUUUCUGAAACGGAAAAUUCAUCUCAGGAUGCCUUCCAACUUAGCAAAUUGGGAGGAAAGGAUGAAAAAAAUCAUCAACUUCAAAAACAGUCUCACUAUGCAGUUCAGGCUGGCUUUGAGCUCACUUUGUAGCUCAGGCUGAUCUCAAACUCACAAUGAUCCUCCUGCCUCAGCCUCUCAAGUGCUGGAAUUACAGGCAUGCACAACCACAUCCAGCUACUUUGAGCAUUCUUGAUGUAAUAAAAAACUGUUCUGUGAAUACAGAGUACAGUUCAACACUUUGGUCCUUUCUCAGAAAUACAGUACUUCUUGUGAUGAGCCCUAACUUGGCUGUAGGCCAUGCUCCUUGCCGCUGAACCACUAGCCUAUCACAUUGACUGAAGGAGGGUUCCCAGGACUCAGUGCACAUGUUGACCAGCUGAACUCAUGCUCUCUGAGAAUUACUGGAAGAAUUUGAUGCUCUGCUGACACUUGAGGUGCUCAGUAGUCAAUGCAACUAUCAGCAUGACUCAAACUGGAGUCCGUUCAUCAGCUCAUAGAAUGCUGUGUGAAGUUUCAAAACAUGGAUCUCCAACUCACCUUUGUCUUUGUAGUGCUCUCCUUCCGGUUGCGUGGCAUUGUGGUGCAUUUGCUCUGGGAAGUUGGUUACACAUGGAGUCAUACUCAGUGGUACUCUGAAUCAUAUAGUGUAGAGUGCUGGUGUUACCAGCUUUGGGUUCUCUGCUAAACUUCCCAAGAGUAUAUUUCUGUUUGGUGAGAAAAGUUGCUUCCAUUCCUCACUUGUCAAAACAACACACUGGUCCCCAGUAUUCUUCCUCACAGUGUGACUAGCAUGUGAAAUGUGAGCCUGAGCUGCAGCCAUGAGAAAGGGUCUCCUUAGCCCUUGUACAAGACCCCUGAAGUUGAAAAGUGUCCCAUCUCUUGGGAAUACAGUCAUGUAUUUACUAUGGAGAGUUAAAGUUCUUGCUAUAUGUCACUUAGAUAAUGUUUAUUCUGCAGAAACUCGCACAAGCUUCUUGAAAUGAAGGGCAGCUUUACCAUUGUGCUUUUGCCUACAUUAUAAAAUAUAUCAUAAUUCAUAGAUUACAUGACUUUUUUUGUGCCAGGGAUCAAACUCACAACCUCACACUUGCCAGGCAGGCCCUUAAGCUGCUGAGCUAAAUCCCUGGCCUUCACGUAACUUUUAUUUUACGCAUUUGUUCCCCAGAGAAUUUAGUGUAUUUUGGUCUGAGAGACUACGGCUUAGCUGUAGAACACUUUCCUAGUAUGCUAAAGCCCUGAGCUCCAUCAUUAGUAUGACGGAAUCUAAAAUAGCUGCCUCCUCCAACAAUAUGUAUGUAUGUAUGUAUGUAUGCAUGUAUAUACAUGUUGGUGCUGCAGAUCAAACAUAGCACCUUGUGAGUGCUGGGCAAGUGCUUUACUAAUGAGCUACACUCAGCCCCCAGUCUCUAAUUUAAAGGCAGGAAUGUUCCCAUAUCAGUUUGCAUUAGAGCAGAUAUUCUGUGUGUGUGUGUGUGUGUGUGUGUGUGUGUGUGUGUGUGUGUGUGUUGGUUUCUUUUCCUUUCUUUUCCUUUUUUGGUACUGGGGAUCAAACUCAUGCCCUUGCACUUGCCAGGCAGGUGCUAUGCUGCUGAGCUAAAUUCCUGGCCUCCUUUUCUUUUUUUAAAAAAGGGUCUCACUGUGUUGUUCAGGUUGGCCUUGAAAUCACUGUGUAACCCAGGCUGACUUUCAGCUCAUAGCAAUUCUCCUGCCUCAGCUUCCAAAGUGUUGGGAUUACAGGUAUGUACCAUCAUCCUGGCAUUAGAGCAGAUAUUAUAAAAAUCAACCCUGGUGUCUAGUGUUUGGUUCUAUGGGAGAAACUAUAAGCUGAAGCAAAGAAGCUCUGACAAUGUCAGGAACAGAACAAUCUAGUGCCCAGCCACCUUCUGCAAAGGGCCCCAGCUUGGCCUGCCUCUCACAUCAAUUGGGAUACGAUAUCUCACAGCCCAGGGAGCAAGCAAAUAUCAGAAGAAACCAAAGGGGUUUUCUUCUGGAGUUGAUGGAUAUGACACAUCAACAUCUAGGAUUACUGACAUAUUAUUCAGAUGCCCUUGGUGGCUAUUCAGUGUGGACAGAUGAUGGACAUUCUGCAGAGUAUGCCCCCCCCCACUGGUUACUAUGUUUUUAUUUGCACUUUUUAAAUUUUUCCUUUUUUUCCCCCUGGGAGUGGCUCCUUAUGUAGUCCAGACUAGCCUUGAACUCAUGGUAAUCCUCUUGCCUUCAUCUCCCACAUGCUGGAUUAUAGAUGAUGCCACCAUACCCAGCUUGAUUACCUUGCUUGAAGCUUUGGGGCUCAGAGCUGGAAGAGUUAUUAUUUGGGAAGUUGAGCAAGAAAAGAAUGAAUGUUGCUAAAGCUUAAAUGUUUGCAGCUUUAGUAGAGGGGAAGGAAAUAGGUGGUUCUCCUAUUCCAAACUAAUCAUAUGGGUAGACUGAUAACCUUACCUAAGUGGAUAGUCAGGUAGGUGAGUAAACACUGUGAAGCCGUUUAGUUCUUGGAGGUCACAGAUUUGGACAAAUGGGUGUCUGUACUAAGUAUGUGCAGUAGCAAGCAAAAGAGAUUCCACCUCCAGCACUUUGGUGAGGGACGUUGUAUCUGUACUGAAUACAUGCAGAUGUUUUUUCUUGUAUCUCCUAAAGAGCAAACUACUAUUCCCAUAGCAUUGCCACUGUAUUAAGUGUAAGUUAUCCAGAGAGGAUGCAAAGCAUCUAUGCAGGGACACAUGCAGGUUCUACAAAUAUGAUGUAUUUUCUACCAGGGCCCGAGCAGCCAUGGCUCUUGGGAUCCUUGGGGUAAAUUCCCUCAUGAAAGCCAAAUGCCUCAGUGACUCCACACUGGUCUGACCCACAUAACAGGGGAUCCAAAAACAUGGAAGAUUUUAUUCACAUGAGACUGGCACCUUCACUGUGAAGAGCAGCCCGUCUAACCCUGUGCAGUAACAGCACACACUAGAAAGGGAUAAACACAGAGAAACAAAGACACAUGAGGGUAGAAUGGGCGGGGAGAGCACAUGUGAAAGAAGCACUGAGGGAGAAAGUGGUGGGGAGGGAAGGGCAGGUGUCGGUGUCGCUCCCGGCCGGCAGGAAAGACACACGACAAGGUCUGGCAGUGGCUAAGUCUUUCUUUAUUUUCCUUCUCUGCACAGUCUGCCCCGGGAUUCUUCCCGGCCAAAGCCUCUACCGGUCCGCUCCCCGCGGCUCCUUUCGUGCUUCUUCUCUACAGUCUGUCCCGAAGCCUCUACCGGUCCGCUCUCCGCGGCUCCUUCCGUGCUUCUUCUCUACAGUCUGUCCCGAAGCCUCUACCGGUCCGCUCUCCGCGGCUCCUUCCGUGCUUCUUCUCUACAGUCUGUCCCGAAGCCUCUACCGGUCCGCUCUCCGCGGCUCCUUCCGUGCUUCUUCUCUCGUGGCGGGAGAGGCACUCACUUUUAUAGGGUUACAGUGGCCAAUCAGUUCAAAGCGCGCGAUGCGGGCUGAUUGGCUAACAUCAGUUGUUGCUAGGCAGACUAUCUUACAGGGCGGGUUGUUUACCAAGCAGGAAGCAGGAGAUAAGCGCCAUCUUAGCACACUCGAUGGGAGGGGUAAUCUAGCUCAGGCUUUGCUCUUUCCUACAGGCCUCACGUCCGCCAAGUAAGGCGACCGGGCUUGGCCGCGGCUCCCAACAGGCAGGGAGAAAGAAAGAGAAGAAACAAAAGAUUAAAACUACUGAGAAACAACAUUCAGUCUAAGAGUCUGCUCAGAGAAAUGAACCUUAGAAGGAAAUGUGAGGUGUGUGUAAGACAUAAGGAGCCCCAGCUUCCACAGGAGAUGCUGGUGCACAUUCUCCAGGAACAGGGAAAACUAUGGUCAAAACUUUUAAAUCACAUGAAGCAAGGCUGCAGCCAGGUAAAAUACACAUAAUGUUCUUAUUUCAAGCUCUUCAAUAGUUUAUUGAUUAUGGAAUCAAAAAGGAAGAAUAUCUUUACCUUAAAGAUAAUGCUUAGGAAAGAGUAAACGGGAACUUAAUGUGAUUUUCUCCCUUGAUUUUAAACACUUUCAUAAAAUGAACCUAUAAAUACUAAGAAGUAUAACAAAAACUAUGAGUUCACUUGAUUUUUGGCUUAUAUCAGUAUAUACAGUGAUUCAUAGAACCUGGUAAGUAAGUAACAGAAACCUUUAAAACUGAAUAGUUACAUCCUUAAGAUGAUUGAAUGUUCAAAUACGAAGUAGCACGUUUUCAGGUAUAUUUUAUGGUUUUUUUUCCCUUCCUCAACUCCCUUUACCUCCAUUAAUUAUAUCAUUUAAAAAAAAACUUUUUAAAAUUUAAAAGCAUAUACCAUUUUCUGGCUCCACAUGAAAAGUUUAUUGUUAGAGUGCAGGGUUAUAAAAAAGCUAAUAAAUUAACAUACUGUGUUUGAUAUGGGAGUUGUUCCACCCUGGAUUUAUUAAAGAACUAAAUAUAUUCUGUACAGACAACUAGUGUAUUAAAAUGCUUUAUCUGUUUAAUAAUUAUUUUAAAACUGGUAUUAAAGCAUAGUUAAUUUUUAAUUUUAAUCUUAAUUUUGGGGGUAAAAGUGGAAGUACUAUGUUGUGUCUUUAGUUUACAAUAUGAAUAGGAGACUUUCUGUCAUCUAUAACCUCAGCAGAAAGUGUGAUUAUAAAAGUUUACACAAAACCCCAAUUCCCCAGACAGACGUGACAUGAAUGGAGCCAGGAACAUAUCCUAUCAGUCUCUGAAAAUAUUGUUUUCCCUCUUAAAUGAUAAGGCAAAAGAGGAAGAAAGCAAAAAUAUAUGAAAAAGAGGACCACUUUGCCUACCUUCAACAAACCUAAUGUUAUAAAACAACAACAAUAAUAAAUUAGUUGGCCAACAAACAAA